GCUAGCAGCCACCACCAGGUUGAGCUUCACUAGCUUCAAGGUGCCUGAGCGAUAAUGAUAGCCGGCUGACUACAACUCAUUGCACUGUCACAUGUUCAGCUGACGGGCAGUUAUAAAUCGGACCAAAGGCUACACCUUCAGGUAUGGCCUGGCUUUGAUUUGGACGGUGCUGGUGAUGGCAGAAGGGACUCGCACUGGCGACAUGCCCUCCUUUGAUCUAACUUCAAGUUCUGAAGCAAAAAAGAGACCCAAUUCUUCUGAUGGAAGAGACGAGCCCAUGAGGAAAAUGCCUGUGUCGAAAUUUGGUCCAAGACCUCGAUUUGAGCCUGUUCACUUUGUCAGUGGCGGAAGCAGUGGGGGUACCGGCACUGAUGAGAAAGAGAACGACAAGGAGGGCAGGAGGAGUGACUUGUACAGUGCAAGACAGUGGGACGCUGAACACUCCUCUUAUAGUAGCAGCAGCAGAGCGCAGGGCUCCUCCUCCCUGAGGCCGGCUUUUGACAGAGUACCAUCUUACAGCUCUGACUCAUGGGGUUCCCAUAGAGAUAGGGACAGAGAUCGAGACAGAGAGUACUUUUCUGGAGGUACAAGUGGUUUGGGUUAUGGAGGACGUGGGUCAAGUUCAAACUACAUGGCUAAAACACAGCAGGACUACAUUGUCAAAUAUGAAGCCCACGGCUCUCGCAAUUCAGAAGCAUACACUCAGACUCAGAGAUACAAUGGCUAUGGGGGAGGGAGCAGAUCAGUGGGCUGGGAUUCGGGGCGUCAGGGUUUGGGGUACGGUCAUGAGGACCGGCCCUCAUCCAGCAAGCCAUUCUGCAGAGUCUAUAACAGUCCGGGCAGAAGCAGUCCCACCAAUUCUCAGUCAGUCUCCACACCCCAGCCUAUUCCUAUAUCUCAGUCGACGUUAGAUGAGAAGCAACGGUUGAUUGGUAGCGUAGCAUCUGCAUUAGCUGUCGCUUUUAGGGACCCUUUGUUCAUGACUGGGAGUGACUCGCCGAACUAUAAUUUCAUGCUGAGCCGCAGCAUUCAAGCCUGCAAGACAAAUCCUGAGUAUAUUUACGUCAACCUGAAGAAUAUACCUCAGGCUGACCUACCGAAGAACAGGAAAGUGCCAACAGAUGGUUAUGCCUGUGAACUGAGAUGUCAGGGUGUGUAUCUCGCUACUGGAUACUCUGGGAGUAAAAAUGGGGCAAGGGACCGUGCAUCCGAGCAAGCCGUAAAACUCUUUCUGAAACAAGUUGAGGUUCGUGUGGUGCAGCGCAGAUACAGACGCUCCAUCGUGAAUGACAUGGUUGUAUGCCAGAUGCAUAGCCCAACACCGGCUUUUUUACCCGCACUCCGCAACCCAGAGGAUAAGCCCACACCCAGCUCUAAGGGCCAGUAUGAGCCUGACAAACGUAAACACUGGACAGAAUUUGUGGUUAUGGACAAUGCUCAUGACGCUAUAUGCAUACUCAACAAUUCUGCUGCUUUUAAUCGCAUGCAGAUUGACUACAGGUUUGACCAGCUCCCCAACAGCAGUGUUUGGCUGUGCAGUGUUUUCCUGCAGGAUGAGCUGGUGGCGCAGGCAACAGGCACAAAAAAGAACUCAAAGCAUUCAGCGGCUGAAGAAGCAGUCAGGAAGCUUCGCAUGAAUCAGGCACAGCGACAGCAGCAGCAGGAACAACAGCACCAACACCACGAACAACAGCAAUCACAAUACGCCAGAGGAAAUAAUAAUGUGGAUUCUGGUGGGCGCUUUGGGCAACAUAGUGGCAAAAAGAAGCAUUUGAGUGAGCUGGUUAUCCUGGAAAACUCUGACAAUGCUAUCUGUAUCAUUAAUGACACAGCUCAGUUCAACAAAGUGACUGCUGAUUACAAGUUCACAGUUCUGCCUGAUCAUCGCUGGAGGUGUGAAGUCUACUUGGAAGGACAAUUUGUAGCUGCAGGAAUUGGGCCUAAGAAAUUAGUAAAGCAUAUCGCAGCUAAAGAAGCUUUAUCCACUUUGAGGCGGACACAAGCUGUGGUGAAAUCCAACCUAAGAAAGGAGGGCCACAGCGAUGCAAUUUCCCGAUCUCAGAUCCUGGCUCGGUCCGGUGAAGAGACCACGAGGCAGGAGAUUAAGGAGGACAAUAUUGGAAACCAGUUGCUGCGCAAGAUGGGAUGGAAAGGAGGCGGUCUAGGCCGUGAUGGGGAGGGAAUUGCCGAACCAAUCAGAGUGAAGGAGCAGUUCUCCAGGGAAGGGUUGGGCAUGGACACAGAUAAAACUGGAAAUCAGCUCAGCAAGCGAGACAUUGAGGACAUUAUUCGAAAUUACGCCAUGUCAGACCGCCAGGACGAUCUCCGUUUCUCCACCGACCUCACCAAUGAUGAACGCAAGCAGAUCCACCAGAUAUCUCAGAAGUAUGGCCUGCGGAGCAAGUCAUAUGGACAGGGGUGGCAACGGUUUCUUAUUGUCAGUCGCAAAGUACACAAAGACCAGCUCAUUGGUCAGCUUUUACAGGAAGGACAGGUGGGACGAUACGAACUUGUGAAACCUCAGGCCUCUCACUAGUUUGCAUGAAGGACAAAACUAAGAACGUUAAGAUCAUGAGCUUUGAUUUUAGAACAACUCACACCCCAGUAAACUGCUUUACAUAGGUUUGGGAUUUAACACAAACAUUCAUUAAAAGUCCUUCAGGCGUCACCUGCGGUUUCUUCAUUCCUUCGCCAUGAAAUGAAUUUUACCUUUGGCAGGGGGUGUGGAGAAUGAAAUUCUCUAUUUUGUCUCGUUCCAUUCCACAUGUCCAGUAUCUGUUUCACUUUUGCACUACCUUGUGUUCAGUGCUUUUUAAUCAUUUCCAGAUGAUCCUACAGUUUUCAAAAUUCAUGCAAAAAGAAAAAAGGUUUUGUCAAAUAAAUCAUCUUUGUUAUGUUGCUAUGUAAGGAACCUGGCAGAAUAUGCAGCUUUUCACUGCUUUUUUUUGUGAACACUGUAGACCGUUAAUAAAAGACAAGGAUCAGAGAGGCAUUAACAUCAAACUGUAGCUAAGUGUACCAGUCGCCCUGUAGUCAAACAUCUCUCUUCAGCAAUACCUGCUAUGUUGGAUCUUUAACACCUGUGCCCAGUUUUUCAAAAAGUUUAAUCUGGAUCAGAAUGACCUGGAUAGGAUUAAAUCUCAUUUUGGGUAUUUCAAAAGCAGAGAUGGGAUCCUACAAAAGUGGGAUAUGGAUUUGGUAAUCCAAUCCUUCCCAGAAUCCAGAUCAAAUGUUGAUUUUGGGUAUUUCAAAACUAAACAAAACUAGAGCAACACAGACCAUACCAAAACAAUAUCCAUUCUAAAUGAAAUAUUAAACAUAAAAAUAUGUUCAGCUAGAAAUAGAAAAACUAGAUGCAAAAACAAUAAUUCUACAUUUCUUCCUCAGAAACUGUAACGCCAGCGUCUUUCAGCCUCUCUUCUAAGAGGUGAAUACGGAGCCUUGUUUCCCUCUGGUCAAGCAAAGUCAGUUUCAUCUGCUCCUCAGCUAGAGUGAUCUGUUUCUCUUCCCUCUCAGUUUCUUAACUCUCCAGAUCCUGAUAGCCAUCUUGUCUCUUGGGAUCUUUUACCAGAGGUCGCCUCUUAUGGUCUAUUCAAAGACUGAGACUAUAGAUUCUGUAAUCCUGAUCUUGUGGUACCUAGAUCAGAAUGACCCUCUCGAAAAAGCCUUUGAAAAAACGGAAUAUAGUCUACAAGAUCACUUUUAUCUGGAAUAGCAAAAAAAGGGACUACAAAAUCUGGAUCAUUUUGAAAAACUGGACCCCGGAGAUCGAUCUUCAAGUACAAGCUGUAUUUAUGAUCAGAAAAUCAAAGCUGUGAUCUUUGUUUAAUGUCAGAUGUGCUAAUUCCUGUGAAUAAAGUUAACUGUCUGCUUGUUUUCAAUGGCUGGUAAUGCUGAACAAAUUAAAACAGAAAACCAGCAACAGCCUGAUCUUGAUUAUUUUUGUUAAGUCAUAUUAAAGCAACAACAACAA